UGAAGUAUGCUUGCACGUUCUGGGCUACCCAUUAACAAGAGUUUAGAUCGUGAAGGGCUUGGAAGUUUGGGGAAGUACUUUUAAUAGUAUUUACUGGGGUUGGGUGUUGGGUGUGUUGGCAUAUGAAGUGACUUAAACAGAAGUGGGAUAAUGUCUGCUGCUUCUUACCCGUGAUAGUCUACGGCUUGGUACUGACUGAGGCAUUUCCUGGAGUUAUGAUAGAUAAAUAAGCGUUUGAAAAUGGAACUAGGCCCUCCAGAUGUGAUGCAGCGCAAGGGAGCGCUGACUUUGCGCUCUCACUUUGCCAACUAUGGAAGACCCACCCUUGUGUAUCGCUGGCACCAAUACAGAGAAUCUGAACCAAAGGAUUAUAACAUACAUGAAAUUCCCUUGGGCUCUAAAAACUUAUGUCGUUCUACCUACUGGAGACUUGGAACCAUAAAUGAAAAAUGGAUAACAACCUAUCAAGAUUAUAUGUCACAACCCUAUAGACUUAAAGAAUAUCAGGAAUUAAACAUUAAGAAGCCACUAUUGGAUGAAGAUAGUUUUGAAGAAGCAGUUAUUAGCAGGGAGACGGGGCUUCCUGAAAUAGGUGCUGGAGCUGUAUUGCCACGUCACUCCCCAGAUCAUUUUACAAUGUUUCUGGACACAACUUACCGAAGAGACUACAUUCCACCAUAUGACUAUACUCCAUAUGUUACUGCUGAGCUAGGAGGAUACUCUGUAAUUCACAGAAAAUGCCAUUCUCAGUUCACUGAUAUAGCAGAUUACAGAAGACAUGGUAUCAACACAUGGCAGGAUGAGAGUGGAAUAUACGCCAACUCAGAUCUAAAGCAAAAAGUUCUUCCUGUAACUAAACCCAUACUGUCAAAUUUGAAUGAAGAUACGUAUUAAGCGCUGGUUAUUCAGAUAAAGUGUAUCAGUAUAUAUUUGAGAUUUUAAUGAAAUUAGUCUGCUAAAUAAAUUUCAAACAUUUCAGCACCUAGAGCACUUGCUUCUAUAACAAAUCUCUUUCUGUAUUGUCAUAUAUAAGUUUGCACAAAGGACAUAUGGGUUUGGUUCACAACACCAAACAAUUCUUGGAUUGAUGUUCCAUUCUGUCCUUUCCUUCUUUCGCAUGCUCUGAUUCCUGUCCUUUCAUAAUAAUAAUAAUCAAGUGUAGUUUACUCUUUGCUUUUAAAUGAUAAUUUGAAACCAGGGCUUACAAAAGUUGAGGUUUCUAAUGUUGGAGGAGGAGGAUCUAGCGCUGUCUCUCUCCUCAGGUUUCAGAGGGGGACAAACCAAAGAGUUAGAAAGAUAGAGAGGUCAGGGCAUUCUGUUUACUGUUUACUAUUGUUUACUGCUCUGACUAUCCUUUAAUAUGCAGGUUGCUAUUCUCAGGAUUUCCUCCUCUUGACUUCCUCCCUCUCUCGCCUUCUUUUCCUGGUUUUGUUCCAGGCAACACCUCUCUCCUUCUCCUCUCUCUAUCUUGGCACCAUGGAUACAGGCCUUGCCCUGACAUCUAUGUCCAUCUUUAGACUAGAUAGGUAGUUAGGAUCUAUCUCUCCUCCUUUCCUAUCAGAGUAUGAAGUU